AUGCUUACUGGAAGACUAUCUGAACAUGAUGCAUGCCAGAUUCCUUCCUCAUCAGAACAAUUUGCAGAAAUAUUGAGUUUUAUUAAGAGAAAAUCAACUGAUUUUCAAAAAUUAUCGCUUAUCAACAAAAACGAGUUCAGUACAUCGUUUUGCGUUUCGGAUAUUACAAACGAUGAAAAUUUUCUUUUAAUUGAGUAUAAUGAUAGUGCUUCCGAACUUAAUGAAUUCCUUAAUACAUGUUAUGCAGCUGCACAGUGUAAUUCAUCAUUUCUAAUGCCACUUCGUGCUUUCUACGUACAGCCUAAACCAGCAUUAAUUACAGAUCAUUAUCCAUACGGUGAUCUUCGAAAUAUUUUAUUCAAUUAUCAAGACGUUGAGAUAUCGCCAACUCACAAAGUUAUUAUUGCACUAUGUAUAUCAUAUGGCAUGAUGAAAUUCCACGAAAAACGAUUUAUCCACGGAAAUUUGAAUCUUUCAAACAUUUAUUUAAACAAUCAGAAGCUUCCUGUUAUAUGUGGAUUUGAGAGGGUUAAUACAUAUCCAGAUUUGAUCUCCGAUCCGAGAUACGUUGCUCCAGAAUUGUUAAAUCACAAAGAAGUUGAUAAUAAGGUUGAUGUUUAUGCGUUUGGCUUUUUAUUAUACGAGCUCAUCGAACAGAAAGUCGCUUUCGAGCAAUACAAUAACAACCAGAUCAUCGCACUCGUUCAAGCAGACAAAAGACCGCAAUUUACAGAUAAAACUCCAAGAAGUGUAGCGACAUUAAUAGAACAAUGUUGGCAACAGAGCCCUGUGAAUCGUCCUACGUUCAAAUUUAUCUACGAAGAGUUCGCUGAAGGCAGAGUUACGAUUCCUGGCGCAAAUUUGAAAACAAUUCAGCAAAUGGCGAUCAACAUUAGUCAAAUGCGAGCACGACAAGCAACAUUAAUCAAGUACGAAUCGAAACCAAUCUCUACACUUGAAGAAUUCUCAAUUUCAGGCAAAUCAAAAACAAAAAUUGUUCAUAAAUCGAUCAGAAUCAAUUACAACCUUGCGGAAAGCCCAGACAGUCCAAUGUUGUUACAAUACAUCUCUUCUUUGUUCGAAAAACUCCCUUCUUCCGAUUAUCAAUCGAUUUACGAAGUAAUUCUGUCUCAUUUCUCUACAGCGCCUCCUAAUAUACUUCAUUCAUUGCUGAAUAUAUUAUACAAGCACUCCUAUGAACAGAAAUUGUUCUUUGACUUACUUAUUAAGAAUAAUUUUUAUGAAAAAUUAAAUUUCAUUUCUCCUCAAUCGGUUACGGUUAUUAUGGACUUAUUUGCAUUGCUCAUUGAAACUAACAUAUUAAUUAUCAAUGAUUCGAUGUCUUCUGCGUUCGAAUUGUUUAUUAAUAUCAGAACUUCGGAUUCUUUAUCGUUAUUCCAUCGUUUGAUUGCCAAAAAUUGCCAACAAGAAUUUAUUUAUCGUUUGUAUCUCAAUUACUCGGAAAAAUUCAUGAAUACGAAUUAUGUCGCAAGAUUUGUAACAGCUUUGACCGCCGCUUACAAUUUCGAGACUUUUAAGAGUCUCAUUGAGUAUUAUGGUGAUGUUUUCAUACUAGGACUCUCGAAUUCUUCAAGAACUGUUAUAAAAUAUUCUUAUUACGCAUUAUUGAGCCAUGUACCUGCCAAUAAGGGUAUAAAUGCAUCAACAGUCUAUACUCACCUCAUAGAUCCAGAGUUUUCCAUGUAUUGUACUCAAUUAUUAUUAAUGGGUAAUGCAAUGCCAUUUUCCAACACUAUUUUCCAACAGUUCGUGAUGAUGACGCUCGCAGGAAUCAAGAAUGCCUAUCUUACUCUAUGUAAAUACAUGUCAAUUUCGGCAGAUCACGUAAAAACUUCCGAAAAUAAUAUUUGGAUACCUCUGAUCACUGACAAGCGAAAGGUGUUGAAGAUAUUACUCAUUGCCUGCAAGUUCAUCUCUUGCGAAACAAUUUUCCCGAAGAUUCCUGGAAUAUUAGAUUUUGUUAUUUCAUUUUCCAAAGAAGCGACUCCAGAAGAACACAUACCUUUCAUUAACCUACUCAGUUGUAUCCAAUUUCCAAGGUCUACUGCAGAAUUACCCGAAAUAAGCCAAAUGUACUCAGAAUAUUUACAUACGGCCUUCCAUUCCCAGGACAAAGAGCUUAUUAACGGUGGUAUUAAGCUCCUGCAUAUGGUUUGUAGAAUAACUUAUUUGACCAUUUAUCCUUCAUUAAUUCCUUUGUUGCACUACUACUUGAAACCAGAGUUUACUUAUAUCUACAACAUCAUUCCUGCACUUACUGAAAUGGCGAAAUAUGAUGGAAUUCCUGAUGUAUUGAAAUCUCAAGGUAUUAUUCAGACUCUUUCAAACUUGUCAUCUUACUCUCAGUUCAAAGAACAGAUUGCGAAGUUUUUAUCUUAUUUGGAAUAA